AUGGUUACGAGAAAACCUCUCCCCAGCGAUGCUCAUCUCGAUAACUACGCUAGUAGCAGCCGACCGCCUAAUUCGCUUCAAGACGACCAUUCGCAACUUGACGGCUGGGCAAGGGAGGACUGGCGCUCCGAUCCCGAUGAUAUCAAUGGUCACAUUCCGAUACGGGCUCACCAACAACUUGGCUCUUCCCCCGACCUCGGGCUGGUAGAUGUACCCGACGUACUUCGUCCUGGCGCGGCCCCAGCGACACCCGGGAGCAGCUUCUCCAACCAAGAAGGUCCAGAGGAAAAUGUUUGGAAGGACGAAAGCCCAAGACUACUCCCGCAGCAGGUGACAGGAAAUAACAGCGGUGGACAUCAGCCCGGGAUCGGAGGUACAAGCCCAGCUACGAUGAGCUUUCCAAGUGACGUGCCAGAGGCCCUCAGACCAGGCGGUGCGGGUGUAACAAAGCACAACACAAACCCCUUCAAGAGAAAACCGGCACCGAGCUCUACAGCCUCGGCGAACCACAUCGUACCAUCAGUGACACUAACAUCACCCACACCGCCCUCGGCUCCUUUCUCUCAAUUGAGCAUCACGUCUAGCGAUGGGAGUAACAAUCCAUGGCGGCCAGCUCUGGACGAGAAGAAUAACAUCAUCGAGAAGCGCAAGGAGCCGCUAGCUUUCUCUAGUGCGGACGAUCGGGAGCUAGGUAGGGAUGUCUGGUCGUCUGCCGCAGACAACCCCCAAGACCCCCAGUCCAACGGUGCCAAGGCAGCAGCAUCCCCAAACGACGGUCCCGGAUCUCCAGCCUUGAUUUCGUUCCCCACGGAGGAGGAGGGUUCGUCUGCAUGGGGUGAGACAACGCGACCGCCGCCGCCCGCCAAGGUGGUUCAAUCUUCUGGAGGGGCUCACGACGAACUGGUUGAGGGCAGCCACGCCUGGGACGACCUUGGAACUCGCAACAAGGGCAAGGGGCCAGUGAUCCCUAACAUUGCUGCCAACGCCAGCCAGACAAGUGAAUGGAACCUCAUUGACAGUGAUCCAAUCCCUGGCGAUUUAUCCCGGCAAAGUACAUGGGAAAACUUUGACGACGCACCGGAAGCCGCCACUGGAAAGGCGCCCACGAGCCGGGCCACCACUACGGAUGCCCACGGACCUAGCUUAACAGAUCAGUUAGGUUCAGGUGCGAUCAUGCCCACUGAUUCGGGUCCAACACUGCCACCUCGAACAUCGAGGGAUGCCCAAGCUCCGCAACGCGCCACUGAUUCUGGAGCAGUCAAGAACGAGACCUAUCAGAUCAAGAAUAUCAAUUGGUACGAUGCCAAUGCAUCAAAGAAUCCGCGCACAUCACCUAUACUUGUUCAAAACGCCAACGGCCCAUGCCCCCUAUUAGCCCUCGUCAACGCGCUCAGUCUCACCACGCCAGCAGACUCGCAGACGGCGCUGACCGAUACGCUUCGAUCGCGUGAGCAAAUAAGUCUCACUUUUCUCCUCGAUGCUGUUUUCGACGAACUCAUGUCCCCAAGGCGACUAUCAGAAGACUCUGCCCUCCCCGAUGUCACAGAACUAUACGAUUUCCUGAAAGGGUUACAUACGGGGAUGAAUGUCAACCCUCGAUUUUUGCCUACAGAUGAAGUGAUCAUGGCGUUUAAGAGAACGUCGCUCACGCAUGUUCACCCAAGCCAGCGCAGUCACAACAUGGUCCCGGGCACGUUCGAGGAUACUAAAGAGAUGAGGCUUUACUCGAUAUUCGCUAUCCCGCUGAUCCACGGAUGGCUACCUUCGCAAGAUGAAGAGGCCUACGCUGCCUUCAAGAGGCGCGCAGGCUCAUAUGAAGACGCGCAGAACCUGUUGUUUAGGGAAGAGGAGUUGGAGGAUCGACUAACCAAUUCGGAUAGGGGCUUGACGGAAGAGGAACAGAGCUUAUACCAGGACAUUAUCACCAUCAAGGGAUUCCUAGAUUCGUCAGCUACGCAACUUACAAGGUACGGUCUGGAGGUGAUCACCGAGGCCAUGAAGCCUGGAUCUGUGGCAAUUCUCUUUCGCAACGACCACUUCUCCACUCUGUAUCGGCACCCACAAACUCUCGAGAUCUUGACGCUGGUGACGGAUGCAGGCUAUGCAGGGCACGCAGAAGUAGUGUGGGAGUCUCUUGUGGACACUACUGGCGAAAGGGCCGAGUUUUUCUCGGGCGACUUUCGGGUUGUCGGUGGCGCAGGCGAUAAUCAAUACAAAACAGAAAACAGUCCACAAACGCACAGCAGCGCAUCGGGCUCAGGCUCAGACGCUGCUGGCACUUGGCAGACGCCCAGGGGACGACGCGGCGACCGCAGUGGCUCAGGCGGCGAAGGCUCCUAUAGUUCAGCGCCACAGCAAGUUCCAAGCUCCCCAAUGACGGAGCAGGAAGACCGCGACUUGGCCCUGGCUAUGCAGCUGCAGGAAGAAGAAGACGAGCGGCACCGCGAGGAACAACAAAGAAGACAGCGCGAGAGCUUGCUGUCCGAGCAGUAUAUUGAGCAACAGGCACAUGGGCGUCACCAAGGCGGAGCUACGAGCCCUGCGACUAGCAGUGGCGGACGUCGGCGGACAAGUUCGGGGGCGGUUUCUGUGCCUGUGACAGGCACACCGGCCAGGCCGGCCCCCAUUACUCAGGUCGUCCGGCCGCUAAUACCUGCCCCAGUCGUGUCGAGGCCGCGAGUGAACAGACCGGUAGACGAGAAUGCCACCGAGGAGGCACCCCCAACAUAUGAGCAAGCUUCGAAGCAGGAGGCUUACAUUCCCCCCGAGGGCCAUCCGAGCCAUCCGGCGAGUAGCCCAGUUGUACCGGGGUCUCCGAGCGCCAGCACAGCUACGGGCCCCGGGACGGCCCCUGUCACGGGUAUCCGGCCGCAAGGGAUGAGACCGGAUGGACGGAUGGGCCCCGGAUCAUAUCCGCAGUCGAACAGUAGUGCCAGCUCGGCAGGACGUGGAGGGCCGUAUAGGUAUGGGGUCCCAGCUGGCGGGGGCCCUGCAGGUCUCCCCCCGAGAGAGCGGGAUUGUAUCGUGAUGUGA